GCCCGCCCCGCCGCCGAGCGUCACCGAACCUGCUUGAAAUGCAGCCGGGGAGCCGGGGCGGGCGGCAGCGGUGGUGGUGGCGGCGGCGGCAGCGGCAGCCCCGGCGCCGCGGCAAGGACUUGGCGGGCUGAGGCGCGGCGGCGGCGCGGGGGUCUCGGGGCGCGGCGGCCGGAGCCCCGGGCCCGCCAUGGGCCGCCCAGAGCGGGGCGCGCUCCGGCCGCUGGCGUUGUUGCUGUUGCUGCUGCUGCUGCUGCUACAGCUUCAGCAUCUUUCCACAGCGGAUCCGCUGCCUGGCGGCCAAGGGCCGGUCAAGGAAUGUGAAGAGGACCAGUUUCGGUGUCGGAACGAGCGUUGUAUCCCCUCGGUGUGGAGAUGCGAUGAAGACAACGACUGCUCGGACAACAGCGACGAGGACGACUGCCCCAAGAGGACCUGCACAGACAGCGACUUUACCUGUGAUAAUGGCCACUGCAUCCCGGAGCGGUGGAAGUGUGACGGCGAGGAGGAGUGUCCUGAUGGAUCUGAUGAAUCGAAGGCCACGUGUUCCAGUGAAGAAUGUCCUGCCGAGAAGCUAAGCUGCGGACCCACCAGCCACAAGUGUGUGCCUGCCUCAUGGCGCUGUGACGGGGAGAAGGACUGUGAGGGUGGAGCAGACGAGGCCGGCUGUCCUACCUUGUGCGCCCCGCACGAGUUCCAGUGCAGCAACCGCUCCUGCCUGGCCUCUGUGUUCGUGUGCGAUGGUGACGAUGACUGCGGCGACGGCAGCGACGAGCGAGGCUGCUCGGACCCGGCCUGCCCGCCCCGCGAGUUCCGCUGUGGAGGAGGCGGCACCUGCAUCCCUGAGCGCUGGGUCUGCGACGGCCAGUUCGACUGCGAGGACCGCUCGGAUGAGGCCGCUGAGCUCUGCGGGCGAGCGGGCCAGGGGACCACGGCCACGCCAGCAGCCUGCGCCCCUACCACCCAGUUCACCUGCCGCAGCGGCGAGUGCAUACACCUGGGCUGGCGCUGCGAUGGCGACCGCGACUGCAAGGACAAGUCUGACGAGGCCGACUGCUCAGCACCAGGACCCUGCCGUGAGAAUGACUUCCAGUGUGGGGAUGGGACUUGCAUUCUUGCAAUCAAACGGUGCAACCAGGAGCGGGACUGCCUGGACGGGAGUGAUGAAGCCGGCUGCCUGCAGGAGUCAACUUGUGAGGGUCCCCGCAGAUUUCAGUGUAAGAGUGGCGAGUGCGUGGACGGCGGGAAAGUGUGUGAUGAUCAGAGGGACUGCCGGGACUGGUCGGAUGAGCCUCAGAAAGUGUGUGUUGCACCAAUAUUCCAGGGAAACAGGAGGAGGCCCAGGGGGCUGAACGAGUGUCUGCACAACAAUGGUGGCUGCUCCCACAUCUGCACUGACCUCAAGAUCGGCUUUGAGUGUACAUGCCCAGCAGGCUUCCAGCUCUUGGACCAAAAGACCUGUGGUGACAUUGACGAAUGCCAGGACCCAGAUGCCUGCAGCCAAAUCUGUGUGAAUUACAAGGGCUACUUUAAGUGUGAAUGCCACCCCGGCUAUGAGAUGGAUACGCUGACCAAGAACUGUAAAGCUGUAGCUGGCAGGAGCCCAUCCCUAAUCUUCACGAACCGACACGAAGUACGGCGAAUAGACCUGGUGAAGCGGGACUACUCACGCCUCAUCCCCAUGCUCAAGAAUGUCGUGGCGCUGGACGUGGAAGUGGAUACCAAUCGAAUAUAUUGGUGUGACCUUUCCUACCGCAAGAUCUACAGCGCCCACAUGGACAAGGCCAGUAUCCCGGACGAGCAGGUGGUCCUCAUUGGUGAGCAGCUGCACUCUCCAGAGGGCCUGGCGGUGGACUGGGUCCAUAAGCACAUCUACUGGACAGACUCAGGCAAUAAGACCGUCUCAGUCGCCACAACCGAUGGACGCCGCCGCUGUACUCUCUUCAACCGUGAUCUCAGCGAGCCCCGAGCCAUUGCUGUCGACCCCCUGCGAGGGUUCAUGUACUGGUCUGACUGGGGUUUCCAGGCAAAGAUUGAGAAGGCUGGGCUCAAUGGUGCAGACCGGCAAACACUGGUUUCAGACAACAUCGAGUGGCCCAACGGAAUCACCCUGGACUUGCUGAGCCAGCGUUUGUACUGGGUGGACUCCAAGCUGCACCAGCUAUCCAGCAUCGACUUCAAUGGAGGCAACAGAAAGAUGCUGAUUUUCUCCACUGACUUCCUGAGUCACCCUUUUGGGGUAGCUGUAUUUGAGGACAAGGUAUUCUGGACGGAUCUGGAGAAUGAGGCCAUUUUCAGCGCAAAUCGGCUCAAUGGCCUGGAGAUCUCCAUCCUGGCUGAGAACCUUAAUAACCCACAUGACAUUGUAAUCUUCCAUGAGCUGAAGCAGCCAAAGGCUGCAGAUGCCUGUGAGCUGAGUGCCCAGCCCAAUGGCGGCUGUGAAUACCUGUGCCUUCCUGCUCCUCAGAUCUCCAGCCACUCUCCCAAGUACACCUGUGCCUGUCCUGACACAAUGUGGCUGGGCCCAGACAUGAAGAGAUGCUACCGAGCACCUCCGUCUACCUCAACUACAACCUUAGCCUCUGCUAUGACAAGGACAGUACCUGCUACUACGGGAGCCCCUGGGACAACCAUCCACGACUCUACCUACCAGAACCACAGCACAGAGAUGCCAAGCCAGACAGCUGCCGUCCCUCACUCAGUGAACAUCCCUAAGGCUCACAGCACCAGCCCGUCCACCCUGAGCCCUGCAACCAGCAACCACUCCCAGCACUAUGGGAAUGAAGGCAGCCAGAUGGGUUCAACAGUCACCGCUGCUGUCAUUGGGAUCAUCGUGCCCAUAGUGGUAAUAGCCCUGCUGUGUAUGAGUGGGUACCUCAUCUGGAGAAACUGGAAGCGGAAGAAUACCAAGAGCAUGAAUUUCGACAACCCAGUGUACAGGAAGACAACAGAAGAGGAAGAGGAAGAUGAACUUCACAUAGGGAGGACGGCUCAGAUUGGCCAUGUCUACCCCGCAGCAAUCAGCAGCUAUGAUCGCCCACUGUGGGCAGAGCCCUGUCUUGGGGAGACCAGAGACCUGGAAGACCCAGCCCCUGCCCACAAGGAGCUUUUUGUCUUGCCGGGAGAACCAAGGUCACAGCUGCACCAACUCCCGAAGAACCCUCUUUCCGAGCUGCCUGUCGUCAAGUGCAAGCGAGUGGCAUUAAGUCUUGAAGAUGACGGACUGCCCUGAGGAUGGGCCCGCCCACUUCGUGCCUCAUGGAGUUCAGUCCUAUGCACUACUCUCUCUGGAUGGUGUGUGAUUGGAUGAAUGCCAUUUCUAUAUAUGGGUCUGUGUGAGCGUGUGUGAGUGCGUGUAACUUUUUUUAAAUUUAUGUUGCGGAAAGGUAACCACAAAGUUAUGAUGAACUGCAGACAUCCAAAGGAUGUGAACGUUUUUAUAUGUAUAAUGUUUUAUACACUUUUUAACUGGUUGCACUACCCGUGAAGAAUUCAUGGGACAGCCACUGCUGAGUGACUAACAUGAUGCACAUAACCAAACGGGGCCAAUGGUACAAACUUUACUCAUCAUUUGAAUACAGUAUUUACAGAGGAUGUUUGAUUUGAGAGCUUUUUUAGGUUUGAGGAGCUUGGUUUUUUUUUUUUUUUUUGUAAAUAAAAUUAUGCUUUGUGGCUAUCCAUCAACAUAAGUAUAAAAAGAAAGAACACUUCAACUCCUUUCCCCAUCUAGAUUAUUUAUUAACAUAUUUCAAAAGUAAGGUUAGCUCUAUAAAUAAUUUAGAGAAGCGAGAGUAUUUAUUUUUGGUAUGAUUGGCCCACUGCACAGACUCUGUGUUUAUGUGUGUGUGUUUGUGUGAGAGAAAAAAACCUGUAGGGAAGAGGCGCGCUAUGACUAUUGCUCACAUACAUACAAACAGUUAUUUUAAAAUGGUCCACAAGAGGGGUGUCUAGUUUUCAGAGACACCUUCAGAAACUUUGCUCAGAGAACACAGAUGCCAUGGUUUGUGCAGAGAUGUGGUGGGAAAGGUAGAUCUUUUCACCUAUGGCUACUCCUGAGGUCCUGACAAGCCAGCACAAAGCUUUUCAGUUCCUCUGAGGCUGUCAUGAUGCCCACCUAGGCUUUCUGGUCAGUGUGCAGAUACUGCACGGGGGUUACAAGCCCUCAUGAGCUCAAGACAGCAGAGUCCUUCCUUCAAAAUUCAGCUUAGUGAGGGCUCGGGUCAGCUUCAGUAAGCUUCCUCUGAAGCACCUGAAGGUCGGGCCUUUAGAGCAGCUGUUCUCAACCUUUGUAGGUCAAAAAGACCCUUUCACAAGGGUCACUUAAGGCAUCGGAAAACACAGAUUCUUACAUUAUGGUCCAUAACAGUAGCAAAAUUACAGUUAUGAAGUAGAAAUGAAGUGAUGUUAUGGUUGGGUCAGUACAACAUGGACUGUAUUAAAGCUUCUGAGGCGUUAGGAAGGCUGAGAACCCCUACUCUAGAGCUAAGUGAAGGCAUUUCUAGGAUUUCCAAGUUUACUGUAAGAACAGGCUCAGGCACUGAAGCUCUGAGUCGCGUGAAUGAGGACGACAAUUUUGGAAUAGGUUUGGUUACACCUAUUUCUCAUCCCCUUACUUUCUACCAUUUUUCUUACGUAGGGGAAACAUUUUAAGAAAAUACACAUUUCUUACGACCGUAUGUUCACAUGGAUAAGACUAAGUCCAAAAGUGUGAAUACGUCCAAAUUUAUAUUUUGGGGAAAUACCAUGAGAUAUUAUAGCAUAUCGGGCAUGUUUCAUUGCUUUAUAAAUAAAAGGAGAAACUCUAGGUGUUUGUAUAGAAUUUUCUUCAUAUGUAACACCUUUACAUUUUCUGAGCCUUGGGGAUGGGGUGGGAGAAAUGCCAUUUUUCUGUCUGUGGAAUCCUCUAUUGGAAAUGUAAUCCCAUAGUCCCAGAAGGAAUUCAGUCCCCACUAGCUCUCUCUGUUCUAUAAUCCACUCCAGCUGAAUGACCAGGACAACUAUGACACUUCUGUGUUUGGCUUAAGUGGUGGCAGACUAAUGUCUAAAUUUGGCACAACUGGAAUUUGACAUUUGAGACAUAUGUUUCCGUGUUCCCACAUGACAGCUUCCCCCAAACCGGUGAAGCUCGAAUGGCUCACCUGCUUGACGCCCUUUCGACUUCCAGGCAGGCCAUCUGGAGGCCUGUCCUCCUCUUCCCAGGAGCUUGCUCUGUGUCACUCAUGUUGUCCUAACCUUUAAAAAAUGGCUGUGUUCCAAGCUUGGCCAUUAUGUCUGGCGACUUCUUUUUGGAUGCGUGUGUUGAUGGUCUUGAGAUAUUAAUUGAAUAAAUGCGGCUGGCCCCUGACUCCAUUCCAGUCUCAAGAACAGGUAGCCCAACUCCUCUGGAGCUCACCCAUCUCUGUUCAUCCAGGGAUGAAAAGGAAAAUCAGUUCUUACUGAAAAUAAGGUGGAAGUGAAAGCAUCAAAAUUUAUACAAGGCAGGCAUUGUCUUUUUCUUUUUUUCUUUAAUCUGCCUUCAAGGAAACCGAGACCGUGAUAGUUAGUGCAUAGUUUCUGAACUUUUAGUCAGAUCCUAGCCUUCACAACAGGGUUGAAACAUACCAUCUAGGGUUUCCAAAAGGUGAUUAAUAAGAUUAAAUUAUUAUCAAAAUACCAUGUUUCCUGAAUGCGCGACAGCUGCAGUCUGAAAGUAACCUACAGUAAACAGACGGACAAAUCCAGGGGCGGCUGGAGAGCGGAAGCACUCUGAGGAGGCAGACCCACUUCCUCCUAUCCUCGGAGACUUUUCGAGCCGCAGUCUGGGUUUAAUUCAGAUCUUCUGUUGCCCUUCUCCUCUGCAUGUGUAUCCACAGCUGGUAACAUCCAGAAGAAAGCUUAGUGAUAAACCAAGAGGGCAGAAAGUUCAGCUAACUACUUAUGAAAACGAAGCGAACCCUCUCUUCUCUGGAAGAGAACUUUGGGCGGCCUGAGCAAGGUCUCAAGCCUGCUUCCUCUCCCACAGCUCUCUGCCCUGUGGGUUGAUGAAGGCACUAACAGAGAUGACCUUCCCGAAACAUCAGACUAUAACUUUGUUUACUCUUCAGCAUGUGUGUACACGGAGAGGGACAGACUGAGAUGGCUUCUGACUCAAGGAGUAAGAAGAAUGAGAGGGGAUUUAAAUGGAUGGCAGUGAAUCCUGUUGAGCCCUUCAGUUAUUCUCAUGUCUUUGCAACAUACUCUCUAAAACGAUUCACUAGCUGCUGUGUGCCCGGCAUUGCAAACAUCACAGGUGCAUUCAACGUUUUUCACCCUUUCAGAACUCACAGCAGUACAUGUGGAUACAAGAAAAGAAAGUAAAUUUCCCAUAGAUUUCACUUAGACUACUCCCAGGGCAGAGAGAGAGAGAGAGAGAGAGAGAGAGAGAGAGAGAGAGAGAGACCAUUUUACCUGAAGAGGUGAAAAAAUUCGGUCUACAUAGAAGUGCCCCAAAGCCAAGUCUUAAACAUUAAAAAGUGGUGUUCAGGCUGCUUCUGUGAGAAGAGAGAUUGGGCUAAGACUGAGGAGUGAAUCGGCAACAGGACUUUUAAGGAAAACAUGGAUUCAUUACACCUGGAAUAAAGAACUUUAAGAGGUUUGGCAAGAUGUGAAACUGGAUGGAAGAAAAUUUCAACAUAGGCACUUUAUAAAAUAAUGUCUGAUCUAAGUAAGUGGACAUUUCUUUGGUCAGUUCCUGUGUGCAAGGCAUCAUGGGAAACUCACUGCCAGCACUUUGCAGGCAUCCACCUCAAGCUGUCCGGUGGCCACGGGGAGAUGACGUUAUUUACUUAUUCGAGUCAGAGAUUUUGAUGUGGUUAGUGAGAACAGACAGGCAGUGGGAUUUUGAACUGAAGCAUGCCAUGUUGCCGAGCAGCACCUUUGAGAUGUUCUCGCCUGUGAGGAAGAGAAGAUGAUAAAGAGACAGAAUCUGGAGAGGGCACCCCAAUCACACUACAGUCAGGUGCUACCGGGUGGAGGAGAAACCAUUCUAACCCCACAGCACUACAAGACUCCUAUCCCACCACGCAUUCACCAUUUCACGAAACGGCAGUAAGUCAGCAGUUUCAAAUUAUGUGAUUUCCUUCCCCAUAAAUGCAUGCAGAUAGGGAGUCGGUCUCCGUACACUAUAUUUUUAGGGUGUUUGGGAGUUUCCAGGAUGUGAAGAAUUUAGAAGGCGGAGGAUUCAGGGCCUCAGAUUCUCAGCUAACUAGAUAAAGCUUCAGUCAGGCUGGGCACCAUGUGCACAGUCUUAAGAAUCAGCAGGAAAUGCAUUUGCAAAACACAUGCUGUAAAAAAUUAAUUUUAAAAAAGCUACCUGUAUAAAUAUAUAUAUUUAAAAGCAAGGUUUUGAUACUUUUUUUUACAAAAACUACAAGAGAAGACUGUACAACCCACAGGCUUUUAAAAUAGCAUUUUGUUCUCUAUAAGCUGUUAAUAUGAGGGGUAAGGUACUGGUUUGCAAACUCACACAAUCCAAUGGAUUUUCUUGUUUGUCACCCCGCUCUCCAAAUUACCAUAAUUGGUGUAAUAGUAGGGCAUGUAAAGUUAUUGGGUCACAUAAACCAUUUCUGCUCUUGUCAUCCUGGGUUCCGUUAGCUCCUGUACUCAGGAAUCUAGCUUCUUCCAGAGGCAGAGGGACCGAAGCAAGUGUGCUCCAUUUCACUCGCUGUACUGACAUCAUCCAAAUGUGGACAUUUGUAAAAUCAGCACACUAUUUCUAUAGAGACAUUAAAUUCAUUUUUUAAAA